GCGGCUUGAGGUGUGUUGUGGGGCGGGAGGGGGUUUCCUGCUUGGGGUUCGGCUGUGCGGCGUGCGCUCAGCCUUCCCAGGCCUUGCUCUGUUCGUCCGGCGGCGUCGUUCCGCUGCAGGGGUCUGUAAAGCGGGGAGGAGCGGGCAACGCGUCUCAGAGAGAGGUUGUCUCGGUCUCGUGUCCCGUGUGGGGCUGCGGGGCUGCAACUUCCCAGCGUCCGAAGUUCAGGGGCAGAAGAGUGCCAGGCUUCCGUGUUUCUCAAGUUAUGCUCAGUUUUGUGUUAGUUUUCAUUGACUGUGGUGUUGGUGGGAAGUCUGAUCCCUGCUGUGCUGCAGAGGCAUGUCAGGUCACCCUGCCUUCUGGGAUGGCAGCCAAAAAAGUGGAUGUUGGCGUACCUUUGUUAUAAGUUAAUUUUUUACUUCGGCCUCUCAAUAGCCAUCGUGAACGGUCAUCAUAAAAUGGAUACUUUGGGCAGUCUCCUUCCUCCCGUGGUUGGAAAUGGUGAUGCAGCCAAUUCACAAGAAUUGCAAAAGCUUCUGAUUGAUGAAAAAAUGCGCUGUGAGCACCAUAAAGCAAAUUAUCAAACUAUAAAGGCAGAACACUUAAGGUUACAGGAAGAGUAUACAAAGUCCCAAGAUGAACUGAAGCGGUUGCUGGUUGAAAAGCAGGCUGUACAUGACAAAUUCCAGCUUCUUCUUGCGGAAUACAGAGAGGAGUUGCUGGGUAAAACACAAGAGUUGGAAAAACUGAAGAUGCAGGUGCUAACUCCUCAAAAAUUAGAGCUGCUAAGAGCACAAAUACAACAGGAAUUGGAAUCUCCAAUGACAGAACGUUAUCGGAAACUAGAAAAUGAAAUGGAAAAAUACAGAACAGAAUAUAACAAACUUCGUUAUGAGCAUACUUUCCUGAAAUCAGAAUUUGAGCAUCAAAAAGAAGAACAUGAACAUGUUUUAGAGGAGGAGAAAAUAAAAUAUGAAGCAGAGAUUGCGAGGCUGGAGAAAGAUAAAGAAGAGCUCCAUAAUCAGCUGGUUAGCGUUGAUCCCACGAGGGACAGUAAACGUGUGGAGGUCCUCUCCAGAGAAAAAGCACAACUGUAUCAGAAAUUAAAAGGCUUAGAAGCAGAAGUAGCAGAACUAAGAGCGGAAAGAGACAAUUGUGGUGUACAAGCAGAAAAUGUCCAAAGGGUGCAAGUACGGCAGUUAGCUGAGCUGCAGAGUCUGGCAAGGUCCCUAGAGGCAGAAAAGAAGUCAGCUCAGCAGCACAUUGGUCGGAUUGAGGAAGAACUGCAGAUGUGUCGUGAGCAGAACUUUCUUUUAACUAGCAAACUUCACAAAUCUGAACAAGAAGUCAAUUCCUUGGCUGCUAAAGUAGAAGAACUUAAACAGUCACACAAAUUAGAAGUGACAAAUGUCAAACUGGAGGCAGCAAGAACUAAGAAUGAAGUAGAAAGAGAGAGAAACAAGAUUCAAAGUGAAAUGGAUGGAUUGCUGUCAGACAAAGAAGUUCUUAAGGAAGCUGUUGAGCGUCAUAAAGUGCUUUUAGUAGAAAAGGAUCAAGAGCUGGUUCGUAAAGUGCAAGCUGCCAAAGAGGAAGUUUUUGGAAAAAUUGCAGCUUUACAGGAUGAAAAGUUAGAACUCGAGAGCAGAUUAGCUCAUGUGGAGAAGGUGAAGUUGGAACAGGACGCUUGGAGACAAACUGAAAAGGAUCAGUACGAAGAGAAGCUACGUGUGGUACAGCUGGCAGAAGAAUCUAGCAAAAGGGAACUUCAGUGUUUGCGAUUAAAAAUUCAACAGCAAGCUAUUCAGACAGAGGAGCUCGAAGAAAACAAACGUGAAAGAGAUGAUCUAAAACAGCAAAUUAAAGACAUGCAACUCCAAGUCGCUUCACUUUCUCGGUCAGAAAGUGAUUUGCUGGAAUAUAAUCAGAAGUUGAAGGAAACAGUAGAAAGAUUGAGACAAGAAUGUCAAAAUGCAAGAACUCAGGCAGAAAAAGCCCAACUGGAAACAGAGAAGACUUUAGAAUACAAGCGUGUGGAGUGGCUGGAGGAGAAGCAUCUGCUUACUCAGCGCAUCACAGAGAAGGAAGAGAAAUACAACGAGGUGAAGAACAAGCUGUGUCGAGCUGCAGUUGCUCAAAAAAAGAGGAAGACUCUCAAUGAUAAUAAACAAAGGAGGAUGCAAGAGAAACUACAACUUUUGGAAGCCAAGAUAGAAGAACUAGAAAAAGAAAACCAGGUGUUAAAUAGGCAGAAUGUUUCCUAUGAAGAACACACACGUCUUCAGAGGAGACUGAAGGACUUGCAGCGCAGACACAACGAAUUCCGGAGUUUGAUUUUGAAUCCUGGCAUCCCAUCUCUGAACCCAGUCAGUGUAACAUCAGUGCCUGUCCCGCCUCCGGGGCCUGACGUCUCCUUCCUCCUCCUUCAGGAAGAACAGCAUCAGAGAGAGCUCUCCCUGCUUCGUAAGCGGCUGGAAGAUCUCGAAACCACGCAGAGAAAGCAGCUGCAGGAGCUUGGGCCGGCUGGGGAGCGGCUCACAGCAGUAACACGCAGGGAGCUGGUGUCCAGCAGGGGAGCAGAGGGAGCUGCUGUGCAGAGCGAGGACUCCACAUAAGGUGCAAACUGAUACUGCAGGUAAAUUCAUUAGUGAAAAGUGUUUAAUACUUGACUGCAUAUUGUUGGAAGCAUAGGAACAGUCAGCUGAGGAAUGAGCUGCAGAUGGUGGCUGACAAUGUCAUGGAUUCAGCUUUGCUCUCCAGCAUGUUUUACUUUCUGUGCCAUAGGUAAAUAUAAGCGCUGUAUUACAGUUUCCUAAGUGCUCUCCAAGGAAAGCAGUGCAUGGCACCUGUAACUGCUGGAAGCAAUGGAAGCUGAUUACACUGCAUCUUGUACUCCCCUCCUGACCCGGGCACCACUGCGAAGCUGUUUGCUCUCUUAACCAUUUUAAAACACAAAUAAUCUAACCAGCCUUCAAAUGCAUUUUAUUCGAGAUAAACCCAUACAAACACCAACAUGUAUUUGUCGUUUGCACUUUUUUCAAACCAUUCAUUUUAAACAACAGGUUAACUUCUGUACAACAGGAAUUACUUUACACAUUAGUAGCAUUUGACUUUAAAUGACUGCAAAAUAAUGCUCUGUAAGCUAGUGUUAGAAAAUAAGCUGUUUGCAGUAGCUGUUUGCCUGUAAACAUGUGGAAAUCAGUUGAAGAGAGGCUUGAUGUCAUUUCAGAGAAUGCGACUACAAUUGUUGGGUUGCCAGAAGGCAGCUUUAGUCAUACCUUGUUUUGUCUGAGUAACAGCAGACUGUGAGGGUGGGAGUUGUGCCAAUGUUUUGUGAGGUCCCAAACCUACCACAAGAGCUACAAUCACUUCAUUAUACUUCACAUCACUUUGUGAGAUCCACUUCAUGGUUUACGAAAUCCCAGCAUGACUUUAAAUGGGCUACAACAGAGUGAAGCUGGUCAGGAGGCUCUGAUACAAGGCGAGAAUCCUAUUCCAGGCCGUAGGUAAAGCUACAGGGCCUGCUUCAACACAUACUUAAUCUCUAGAAAUCAUUAACGCUAUUGCAGCAAACAAGCAGUAGUACAAAUACAGAAUAGGACUGGUUUCAGUUUUCUCAUCAUAUAAACACACAGAGUGAGGUUCACAGGAUCAGACCCACGCAAACAGAUUCUAUUUUACAGCUUUCCAAGCAGAAGUUGUGAGUUGUGCUUCUGCCUGUACAGAAGGUCACUGUUGAACAAAACGAGCGCCUUUCCUUCUAAUGCACUUCCAGCCAACAACUGAAAUGGAGCUCAACUCGUGAGACGUCUGUCUGAGUGCAGCAAGCAAACUGCUGAUGCCUGUCCUUCAGUGGUAGUUACUGUGCUUUAUUAUUGAUUAGUUUGACGCUGCUUUAAAAAGUCAGGUUAAGAAUAUUAAAAAUCACAGCCCUUAAGUACAGCUGAUCUGCAUUUAUGUGCUACUCAAGCCACAGUCCACUCCUGUAGGACAGAGGGCAAGAUAGGUUAGAAUUGGUUCAGCUCGGUUCAGCUCUUUUCCAUUAAACUGAAACUUAUCAGGCCUGGCAGAGGAGAGAACUGCUGAAAGCACUGCAACAUUGUAGUGCAGCUUCCUGAACAAAGCUAUACAUUCCAUCAAGUAUAAAGUGUAAACUUAAUAGCAAGUAUAAGACUUGAAUUAAAACAAAGCCAUCACAGUACGGACUGGCAGCACCCCUCUCUAAUCUGCAAGAGGAACAAUUUGUGCAAUCAUACAGCAGGGAGGGGGCAGACCAGUAGGCAACGUGUUUUGUUUCGUUUUUCCCAUGGUAGCAGACGCCCUUCCUUCUGCCCAGGUGCGGCUGUUUGCCCCCCCUGCUGCUGGCCAGCCAUGCACAGCCAGCCUGGCCAGCUCUGCUCUGCUGGUGUGCUGUGGCCUCUGGG